UGUUUAUUUAUUUCGAAUGUUUUCGAUAAUAUCCCAGUGUUCUUUGCUCCGUUCUUAUCCAUCACAGGUAGCAGCAGCUCACGAUGAUCAGGUUCAGCCUAUUACAAAAUCUGCGAAUUUUGGUCGAAUCCCUUCAUGGGUAUCUCUGAACUGCACUCCUUCAUUGCAAAAAACCCGCCAAACUCAACCAGGCAAAGUCGAAAAUAUGCAUUUGGUUUCUUUAUCCAACCAAGGAAAGCUCAAAGAAGCUGUUGAAUUUCUCAAGCGCAUGGAUGAGGCUGGUGUUCCAGUUCGUCCCCAUUCCUAUAAGUGCCUCUUUGAAAUGUGUGGAAAAAUGGGAGCUUUAUCGGAUGGAAAAUCCAUAUACGACUGGUUGCGAAGUACAGCCAAGGACCCGCCAGAGUUUCUCCGUAAUUAUGUACUCCGGAUGCUUUGUGAUUGUGGGAGUCUAUUUGAUGCACAGACACUGUUCGAUGAAAUGCUUGAGAAGAAUCUGGUUUCAUGGAAUAUCAUGAUAUCUGCUUAUGCAGAGAAGGGACAAUUGGAUAAAGCUGUCCAGUUCUUCUGCAAUUUGCAAGAGUCUGGAAUUAAACCGGACCCAUCUACUUUUACUAGUCUCUUAAGGUGCUUCAAUGAUUAUUCGCUUUUAGACGUUGGGAAACAGAUUCAUUCUUAUGUUAUAAAAACUGGGUUUUCUAAUGUUUUGGUUGACCCGGUGAUCUUGAAUAUGUAUGUAAAAUGUGGUUGGUUGGAGGGUGCCGUGCUUGUUUUUGAUUCAAUGGCUGAUAAGAAUGUUGUGGGUUGGACAGGGUUGCUGGUGGGCUACACCGAAGCUGGAAAACUGAAGGAUGUUCUGGCAUUAUUUGCUGAGAUGGUAAGAGAAGGUGUAGAGUUGGAUGAGUUUGUGUUUUCGAUAGUCCUUAAGGCAUGUGGUGGUUUGGAGGACUUAAACACGGGAAGGCAAAUUCAUGGUUAUGGUAUUAAACUUGGGAUGGAAUCUGAAGUUUCAGUAGGAACUCCUCUAGUAGACUUCUAUGUCAAGUGUGCAAAUUUAAGUUUUGCCCUUAAAGCGUUUAAGAGGAUACGUGAACCAAAUGAUGUAUCUUGGAGCGCUAUUAUCUCUGGAUAUUGCCAAAUUGGUGAAUUUGAGGAGUCUCUUAAGAUCUUUCAGUCAAUAAGGCACAAAGAUAUUGUUUUAAACUCAUUCAUAUAUACUAGCAUUUUUCAAGCAUGCUCUGCGCUUGCAGAUAUUAAUUUGGGAGCUCAAGCUCAUGCUGAUGCGAUAAAGAAAGGGCUAGUUGCAUACUUGUACGGGAAGAGUGCUAUGGUUACCAUGUAUGCAAAGUGUGGAAGAUUGGACUAUGCAUAUCGAGUCUUUAAAUCUAUAGAUAAUCCUGAUACUGUUGCCUGGACUGCUAUAAUAUGUGGUUAUGCUUAUCAUGGUGAUGCUUCAGAAGCUCUUAUGCUUUUCAAUCAAAUGCUAGACUCUGCUGUGAAGCCAAAUGCGGUUACAUUCAUAGCAGUUCUAACUGCUUGUAGCCAUUCAGGUAUGGUGACAGAGGGCAAGCAAUACUUGGAAUCAAUGAGUUGUGAAUAUGGUGUGGAGCCAACUGUUUAUCAUUAUGAUUGUAUGAUUGAUAUAUACUCCCGCGCUGGGAUGCUAGAGGAGGCUCUUGAAUUGAUAAAGAGUAUGCCAUUUGGACCUGAUGCGAUGAGUUGGAAGAGUUUAUUGGGUGGAUGUUGGAUGCAUCGAAAUCUUAAACUUGGCAAGAUAGCCGCUGAAAACCUCCUGCAAUUGGAUCCGGAUGAUACUUCUAAUUAUGUUAUUAUGUUUAACUUGUAUGCGUCAUUUGGGAAAUGGGAAGAAGCAGCUCAAUUUAGAAAGAUGAUGACAGAGAGGGACUUAAGGAAGUCAGUUAGUUGCAGCUGGAUCACUGCCAAAGGUAAAGUGCACCGGUUUAUGGUAGGUGAUAAACAUCAUCCUCAAACAGAAGAGAUAUACUCAGUGUUAAGGAAGUUCUGCGUUUCUCCUAAGAUCUCCAAAGAUUCUCUUCUAACCGAAGAUGACAUGUCCUGUGGUUUUCCUGAAAGGGAAGAACAACUUCUUGAUCACAGUGAGAGAUUAGCCAUUGCAUUUGGUCUUAUCUCCAUACCUAGCAAUUCCCCAAUAGUGGUUUUUAAGAAUAUUAGGGCGUGUAAGGAUUGCCAUGAUUUCGCAAAACACGUUUCCACAGUAACAGGACGCGAAAUUGUCAUAAGAGAUUCCAAUAGGUUUCAUCACUUUAAAUCAGGGGAGUGUUCUUGCAAGGAUUACUGGUAACUAUUAUUGUCAGUCAAGUAGACUUCCAUUCCAUGGCCAUCAAGUUUGAAAAUGGGAAGGGCAUUUAUUUGUUUUGCGUUUGUACAAUUCUUGCUCGUCAAGUUCUUUGGAAAGAGAUGUUCAUUAAGAAGAAUUUGGUGGGUUCCUCCAAUAAUUUGACAAUGAAAGCGCAGAAUGGUGGGGGCUGGCUUAUUAUUUGCCAGGCAUCAUAGCAAGUGAACCAAUCCUGUUGAAUUCCCGUUUAAGGGCCUACAAGUUUCAAUCAAAACCAACCACUCUUGGAAGGGCAUUGGCAUGUGAUCCUGGUAAGUGAUUUUUUGAUCUAUCACUGGCGGGUCUUACUUUCACUGGAAAGAAAACUCAUGGCACUGUGAACCGACACGUUUAUGUUUGAAAAUGUCCACAUUUUUUCGUUUUGUCAUGACGAAUUCCAAAUUUAUUUAUGUGGCUGAAAACCCACAAAAGCGACCCAGGGAUAAACUCCCUGUUUUAUUGUCCUUAUCCAGUGAAAGAGCGAUGAGAACCUCGUUUUAACGGUAUUUCCAUUCUUAAAGUAAAUUUCAGAACCUUACAGUUUAGAAUCUUGAUGUCAAUAUGAUAUAAUUGGUCU